AUAAGAUUUCAGUUUAAAUACAUUUUGGUUUUGCUAUUUUUAAUUUCCAUUAACCCCGUCGCGAGGUACCUAUACCAUUUUUAUGUUUGGUAAUUUUGCUAAUACAGAGGUGUCCAAAAGUCGCGCAACGCCUACCGUCUUGUAUGGCAUCUGUUUUUACACCAUAAUCGGUUCUUACUUUUACGACGGCACGGUAAACGGUCCCAAAUACCUCGAAAUGCUUGAAGAAGUCAAGAUCGAACUCGACAACAACGAUAUCUUCCGUGGUAAGCGAAUUAUCUGGCAAAUUUUUUGCGCGACUUUUGGCCACCUCUGUAUAGGGAGUUAAGUUAUCGUCUAUAACAGCGGUUCUUAAACCUGAGGGUCCACGAUAUUCAUAUCAGGGGUCCGCGACGGCUCUAUCGGUAAUUAUUGAUUAUGAUAACAUUAGAUAAAAAUCGUAAAAAAAAGUAUUGUUAAGGGGUCCACGAUUUCUAAAAUUCUUUCAUCAGGGGCCCGUGUGCACCAAAAUUUUAAAAACCACUGGUAUAUAACCGCUGGAUCACUGGAUUAAAAAUGUCUACGCCAAAAUUUAUUUCAAUUAAAACUUCAUAUGUAUUUAUGGAAUUUUUAGUAGCCGUUUGAACAUAAAAUGUUAAUAGUGGUUUUAUAAGAAUGAACAAUAUAAGUGCAUUGUAACAUUUCAGAACUUCGCGUGCAUAUCUUAAACUGUUUAAAAUGAAAAAGUUAAUAAUUUUUGAUGCAGAGUAUCUUUCGGAAGAUCAAUCAUUCUGUUAAGGUCAUUAAAAAAAAAAAAAAAAAAACGUGGCCGGAUGCCGAUUUCUAUACGUUAAAUCAUACAUUUAUUCAAUAAAUAUUCUUAUGACGCAUUCGAUGUUUUUGAUGCCUUAAAAACGUAUAACAUACUGAAUUUGCAUUCAACAGAACCAAUUUCGCUAUUUUAGUUUUAAUAUUAGAAUGAAUUGACCUAUUAUCAAACCUAAAGGUAGGAACGUUAUCUAUGUUUGUUCGUCGGUAUUUUUCUCGAUAUUUUAAUCAUUAAGUGAACCAUAAACGUUUUUAAACUGUGAUAUUUCACACACUCGUAUCUCGCUUGCUAACUAAAGUAACGGAAAAAAAACAUGUAUUGAUAAAAAUUUCUUCGUUCCCCAUAAGUUUGAUAAUAGUCCACAAUAACGUUUAAGCUAACGAUACGGAAUCAGUUCUGUUAAACGGGCAUUCGCUGUAUCAUCAUAAAAGACGGUAAGACGGAGACAACGACAAAAUAUCUUCCUAUAAGACGCGUCGAAACCGCGACAUUUCGAUACGGCUCGAUUUCGUUUUCUCGGACUUUGGCCGCACUACCGUUUCGGAACGGUUACCACGAUCGCGGUAUCGCACCCGCGGUAUUUUACCAGACGACGGUGACGACGAACACGUACGCCGGAAAACCCGACGCGGUACUAAACGGUACGGAUACGUACGGUACGGACGACGGGACGACGACGCGGACGAGACGUGCUGCAGCGGCGACGGUGUACGUGCGUGCGUGCGAUCGUGCAAAGUGUGGGAAAACCGUGCGAAACGACGCCGUAAUUUUAUGCAGAAAACUACGGACGAGACGACGGCGCGCGCUGAGGACGCGGUGCAGAGGCGGCCGAGACAAGUGUUCGGCUCCAGGGAACCAGUUUCCGGGUGCGAGCGAGCAAGAGAGCGACCGCCGCCCCCGCCACCGUUGCCGGAUGAAGGGCGGCCGGCCAGAGAGAGACGGUAG